UCUCCUGAGCACCUCCCCAUCCCUCCACGGACUGGAUGUGCGGCCCAAACGAGGAUUUUCACGAAAACAUCCACCGCAGACUGCGUACCAGCGCCAACCAGAAGGCUGCAACGACGAACUGGACCCGACGCUAUGGAUCCAGAGGCAUGACAGCAGAGUCGGUGGCAUUUUUAAAGUUGGAUAACAGUGUUUAUCCUUGAAGAGAGACGUUAGAAGCGUUUAACAGACUUAACGGCAAUGAAUGCGCUAUCACUUGUUAACUAGAAAGACACAGAGAGAGAGAGAGGGGCCAAAGUGGACUCCCUCCCUCGGUCGAGCUCGUUCCGCCCGAUGGAGGCUGACGGGACUUUUGCAUUAAGCUCGAGGCCCGGAAUGUCACCUGUGAAACGUCGACAUUUCGUAGGAGCACGUAAUUAAGGAAAAAGACAGUGCACACCUGUCUGCGCUUUCGACGACUCAUUUGACAACUUCUUAGUAAACGUGUAUAGAAAAACAAAAGUUAGCAGGUCAACGUUAGCUGCGGGAGGCGACUCCUCGCGCAAGAUGACUAUCAUAGAUAUCACUUAACGAGAGGUUAUUCACCGCCUCAUGUAACCUAGGACAGGUGAACAGCGCACUAUUAACUUAACUUUAACGGACUUCUUUCUUCUGAUGGGUUUGUACUAGAAAGUUGUCAUGUGAUAUUUCGCCAUCAGCAAGUUGACUCUAACCCAUUUGGCUGCGAGAAUUGAGCAGUUUUUUUGUUUUUCAAACAAGGAUUUUUAUUUUUUUUUUUACUCAAGUGUCGCCCUUUUCCCCAUCAACCAUGUCAUUCAAAGACAAUCCUUGUCGGAAAUUUCAAGCCAACAUUUUCAACAAAAGUAAAUGUCAGAACUGCUUUAAGCCCAGAGAAUCGCAUUUGCUGAACGACGAAGACUUAAAUCAGGCAAAACCUAUAUAUGGAGGAUGGUUGCUGCUGGCACCAGAGGGAACAAAUUUUGACAAUCCCUUACACAGAUCUCGGAAAUGGCAAAGGAGGUUCUUCAUCCUGUACGAGCAUGGCUUACUUCGCUAUGCUCUGGACGAAAUGCCCAGCACUCUACCCCAGGGUACAAUCAAUAUGAACCAGUGCUCCGAUGUCAUCGAUGGAGAGUCCAGGACAGGCCAGAAGAACUCACUGUGCAUUCUGACCCCUGAGAAAGAGCACUUCAUACGAGCUGAGUGUAAAGAAAUUAUCAACGGGUGGCAGGAGGCUCUGACUGUAUACCCCAGGACCAACAAGCAGAACCAGAAGAAAAAACGCAAGGUUGAUCCACCCACUCACCAGGGUGGAGUAACUCCAAGCCAGUGUUUUUCCACUGAAGACAUGAAUGGACACCCAGAGCCUGGCCCUGCCAAGGUGACAGUGACCAGCAGUGGAGGAAGCAUCCCUUGCCUGCCCAGCAGUAUUGCCAGCGCUGAGCGUGUCCCAAUGAGCCGUGCCACUCUGUGGCAGGAGGAGAACCGCUGGAGCAGGGCCACCAUCCCCUGCAGCCGCAGUGCCUCCUGUAUCAGCCAGCUGAGCCAGAGCCAACCAGACUCCAGUAUCACUACUCAAGACGAUGGCAGCACCAUGAGCACUGGACGCAAGGUACGAGUGGAGAGUGGUUACUUCUCCCUGGAGAAGACCAAGUCGGAGCCUUCUCCACAGUCUGCACAGCAUUCUCAGCCACUUCAGCCACCCCAUCUUCCCCUGUCCUCUUCAGCAUCCUCCUCCUCUUUAGGAGCUCUCAGUCCCAGGUACAACUCUGAAUCAGAACCCCAGAUUUCCCCUUAUCAACCCUCCCAAGAUCCUCUUCCUUCUCCAGGUGCACUUGUUUCCCCCAGCUACUCCACCAUCAGCUCCUCCCAGAGCUCGCUGGACUCUGAACCCAGCGGGACAACACCCACCUGGGAGGGACACAGUGGUGGUGGAGGAAGCACGGGUAAUGUCAGUGGUGGAGGAGGCAGAGUUGGCCGGUCUGGCAGGGAAUACGCAGUGCUGUCUGAUGUGCCACGAGCUCGCAGACUGAGUUACCGCGAAGCCUUCCGCUCAGAGAAAAAGCGUCAAGAGCUGAGGGCACGGACACGGAGUCCUGGCAGAGAAGAGGUGGCUCGGCUGUUUGGGGAGGAGCGCAGGCGUUCUCAAAUCAUUGGCCGAUACGAGGAGGGUCAGCAUGUAGAACGUAUGGACACAAGCAGCUCCAAUGAGCCCUCUGCUAACACCACGCUAAUCCAGAGACAAGGCCGCAGCGAGAGACGCUAUCUGGCUAACAAACAUGAGAUGUCACUGGAUGCAGGAAAGGACCGUUCAGUCCCUGAUGUGUCCAGCUCCACUUUUGCUAAUUUAAGAAGGGCCAAGUCACUGGACCGCAGAGUCACAGAGUCCUCAAUGACUCCAGAUCUGCUGAACUUCAAAAAAGGAUGGAUGACAAAGCUGUACGAAGAUGGAAUGUGGAAGAAACACUGGUUUGUCCUGACGGAUCAGAGUUUGAGGUACUACAAGGACUCAAUAGCCGAGGAGGCUUCAGAAAUGGAUGGUGAGAUUGACCUUUCUACAUGUUAUGAUGUCAAAGAGUUCCCGGUCCAGAGGAAUUACGGCUUCCAAAUCCUGUGUAAAGAGGGAGCGUGCACCCUGUCAGCCAUGACCUCGGGAAUCCGUCGCAACUGGAUUCAGGCCAUUAUGAAGAAUGUGCGACCCACUAUUGCCCCCGAUGUCACCCGGAAAAACAUCUCUCUGAAACUAUCCGUUCUGAAGCCCAGAUCCCUCCCAGAGGAGAAGGUAAAAGCCCAAGUGAUGUUGGAGCCAUGUCUACAGGCCACCCUUGAGCAAAGCCCCAGUCCUGAGGCCCCCAAGUCUGAUGUACACAGACAGCCAGCAGGCAACAAUGCCUCUGCCCCUCCCUCUGAGUCCCGAAAAAGCCGAGUUCGUGAGCGCAGACGAGAGGGUCGCUCCAAGACUUUUGACUGGUCAGAGUUCAAAAUGGAACAGACAGAAAAGCCUGUGAAGGAACGAGCAGACACAGUUGACCUCAGCUCAUCAUUCUCCACAACUUCCUCAUAUUGCUCUCCCUCCUCUUCCCCUUCCUCAUUAGCGUCCUCUCCUGUCUCUACCUCCUCCCUCCAAACCUCUUCUGUGUCAGGUGCUCACCCACCUUCUAUGACAGAAGAAGCAGGAAAGAAGAAUGUUAGGAGGGAUAUCCCUCCACAUAGCACAACCAGUGCAACCCACAUGCCAAAUACUGUUACUGUUACCAUGACUUCCACACUAAACACUGCACCACCGGUACAGCCAUCGAUACCUGAAUGCCAAGAGCAAGGAAAGAUGGAAGUAGACCACCCAACAGCCAUACAUCCUGCUAGUGGAGAUAAGAACAACAGAACCUCAGAUGUCCAAGAAGAGAUUGAGCACCGAUGGCAUCAGGUAGAGACAACACCGUUAAGAGAAGAGAAGCAAGUUCCCAUCAACACUGCUAUAGGAAACUCUGAUAACUCUGACAGAUUGCCUGCACACGAGCUUGCUGCGCUGCUAGACAAAGAGUUGGGACAGAAGCAGAAGGAGCUGGACCGACUACAGAAGCAAAACAAUAUUUUGAAAGAGCAGUUGGAAGAUGCACUAGGAAGAGAGCAAAGUGCCAGAGAGGGCUAUGUACUGCAGAGUACAACACCCCCUUCCUCUUCACCACGCAGAGUGCCAUGGCAACGCUUACACACGCUUAAUCAAGAUUUGCAGGGCGAGUUGGAGGCCCAAAAGCGCAAGCAGGACCUUGCUCAGCAGCAGAUUCGGACACUAAAGAGAAGCUACACAGAAGCCCAGGAUGCUGUAGACCGCCAUGAGGCUGAUAUUCAGGCUCUGCAGGCUAAAUUAGCAUCUGCAAUGGCUGAAAUCUUGGCUAGUGAACAGGCUGUGGCUAGAAUGCGCAAUGAGCUCAAGCUAGAGCAGGAGCGUUCAAAGGAACAAGACCAGGAAUAUGGCCGUAGUGAGACCACCCUACGAGCCCAGCUAAAGGACAGUGAAGAAAGACUCCGUGAAGUAGAGGCCAGCCUCCUAGAGAGAAACCAGGCCCUUAGGCACCUGGAGCGCCAGCAGGCCCUGCAACGAGACCACAUUAGAGAGAUACAGAGGCUGCAGGAGAGGCUGCAAGAAGUGACUGCUCGGCUAAGUGCUACUGAAGAGGGUCAGGCACUAAAGGAGGAGCGCCUGAGGAUGGAGCAGCAUAGCAUGCAAGAGAGUCAUGAGAGGGAAAGACAGAAUCUGUGUAGAAGAUUAGCUGAGGCUGAAACUGCACAGAAAGAGAUGGAGAACAGACUGCUAGAGGCUGAGCAGCAGGUGGAGGCCCUGUUAAGAGGGAGGCAGGCCUCAGGAGGAAAAGAAUGCAGGGAGGAAAUGCUGAAGUUGCAAGACGAGCUGGCCCAGAAGACUGACAUGGUUGAGUCACUGAGGGAGAGUGUGCGUAGGCUAGAAGAAGAGAAAGGCCAUCUCACUUGCCACUGUCAGGAGCUUCUUAACCAGAUUUCAGAAGCAGACCGUGAGGUGAAUAAGCUUCGCAAUCGUCUGGAAACAGAAGAGGCUGAUUACUACACCCUGGAGCACUCUUAUGAGAGGGCUACCCAAGAGUUUCAGAAAAUGAGCCAGUUCCUUAGAGAAAAAGAGGAAGAGAUCCGGCAGACUAAGGAGAUGUAUGAGAGGCUGGUGGAACGCAAGGAAGAGGACUUGAAAGAGGCCCUUGUUAAAAUGACUGCACUUGGCAACAGCUUGGAGGAAACUGAACAGAAGCUGCAAGCUAAGGAAGAGCUUCUUUGUCAAAUGAGUCAAAGCCUCUUAGAUAAGGUUGAGCCCUGUAGUGCUGAAAAGGAUCUGCAAGCCAAGCUUGUGGUUGCAGAGGACCGCAUAGCAGAGCUCGAGCAGCAUCUCAAUGCCCUGCAGCUGGGCUAUGCUGACCUACGUGUGGAAAGGCAACAAAUCCCAGAACAGAGCAAGAAGGGAAGGCUUAAAACAUCGGCCUCCUUAUCACCAAACUCAGAGCUCCCACUUUCCUUUGACAAUACAUCCAAGACAGAGAACUCCCCAGAUGAUAAGGAGUUUCAAGUUAAGAGACCAAGGAUACGUUUUUCCAGUAUUCAGUGCCAAAAAUACAUCAAUCUAGAGUGCCUGGACACUAGCCAUGUGAGCAGUACCUUUGCAGACACAAGACAAAAAGAUAACCAGGAUGUAAAUGAGGACAUCCAUCUAAGUGAAGGAAACAUCUCCUCUGAUAUCACAUUCCCUUACAGUAGUGACCCAGAGAAGUUCAUCUCUAUCAUACAUGCCCUAGAGACUAAACUGCUGGCCACUGAGGAUAAACUAAGAAACCUCACACAAAAUCUAGAAGAGCAACGAUCCAUCCAUGCAGAUAAUAUGUCCAAGAUUGAUCUAAAGCUGACAGAAACAAAGCCUAACCCCAAUAAAGACUUUAGUUGUGGAAGUGGGAUACAGAGUAGUGAUGCCAAUAAGCAUUAUGCCAAGGCCCUGGUGUGUGUUGAAAAUAGUCGAGAGAAAGUCAGUGCUAUUCUCAGUGGCUCUCAUGAUACUACUGAUUCACAGCUGCGCUCAUUGUCAGAGAUAGAGAACGAUUUGUUCAAUGCAUCACUGUACAUUCAACAAGGACAAAAAACGCUGGAAGAGCAGUCACCAGUUGUCAAUCAAAAUCAAACACCAGAGACUCUAGAUAAAGAAGCUUUGCACCUCUUUACCAAAACUCUGUCUUUUGAGGCAGUAGUUUUGAACAAGAUGGCUUUGUUAAUACAGACUUCAAAGUCUGACCUCCUACAAGCUCUUGCAGAGAUAUGGGAAGACAUAGAGAACAUUAAAAGGAGUGAUAAAGAUUGCUUGGCUGUAGUUUAUGCUGAUGUCUUGACCAAGAAGUUGAUGUUAGAGAGUGCAUUCUGGAAAGAAUUGGAGAAAGCUGAGACAGAUGUUGCUAAAUCCAAAGAGGGCAGUGUUUCAGCUGAUGUAGAUGUUGAUGCCACUGUUAUCUUUAACACCUUCAUUAAAGCAGAACUAGCCUACUCUAUUCAAAACCUUAAACAUUGCUAUGAAGAGAAAUUCAAAAUACUGAAAAGGGAGUUGACUGAGGCCCGUAGUAACCUAAAUCAAAGGGAAAUGGCUCUGAAAGCAAUUAUUGAAGCUUCCAAAAGGCCAGAUUUAAAAAAUGUAAUAAAAGAAGUCAAAAAUAACUUUGGGUUUAGUAAACAAAAGUUAGCUGACAUUUGCCCCCCAGAACUCGCUCCCUACAUGGAGCAGAUUGAAAUGGAAGAGGCUAGAGACUUGGCUGAGGAAAUCGUAGACAGACACUUGGUUGGAGAAAUACCCUCCUGUGGUGUUGACUCUAUUGAAUCCCUGCAAAAUGCACAUGCCAACCUGGCUAAUGAGCUUCAAAGACAGGCAGCAAUCCUCCAUAAGUAUGCUCAAGAGAUAGAAAGUGGUGGAAACCAUCCUGGACUGGCUAAAAUGAUCCAUGCUCUUCUGGGGAACCAAACUUCACAUAAUUUCACAAGUACCUCUCUUUGUAUGCGUGAAGCCCUAAUCCAGGCUCAAGUGGCUUAUGUGGCAUGCAGGUUACGGGCCAUGCAUGAACAAGACUUGGGCUGGUGUAAACAGACAGGUCAGAACAUGGAUGCUCUCGUCCAGCAGCAUGCCCGCAAUGUCAGUGCAAUCCAAGAGAAAUAUGAAGCAUCCAUACAGGAGGAGCGCCUGCACUUCACACAAACAGUGGCCACUCUCCAGAAGGGGAACCAAACACUAAAGAGUGAGAUCAGUAAACGUGUGAACCAGCUCUCCCAGCAGCAGGAGCAACUGGCUCUCCUGGAGAAGCAUUUCCAGAAGGAAACUGAAGAGCUGAAGCAGAGGCACAAGCAAGAGCUAAGCCAAGCAGAGAAAGGCCGUGCCUCAACAGAACUGGCACUCAUGGAGACAACAGCUGAUAGUCAACGAAAGCUAGAAGUUCUGCUGGUGGACAUGGACACCAUGGAGGAGCGGCACGAGAGUCAUGUAAGGAAACUGGAGGAGCAGUUUGAACAGAGGAUCUGUGAGCUCCAGCAUAUCCACAAAGAGGAGAUUGAAAAGUUACAUUCCCAGUAUAUGGAAAACAUUCAACGUGUCCAAGAGUACCAACACGACAAAAAAGGUCUUGAGGUUUCCCAGUCGCCUCCUUGUGAUGAGGCCACUACACCAAUGGAAGAGGAGGAGCAGGGGAAAGGGGAGGAAGCACAAAACAUGUCGGAGGUGGAGUCCAUGGUGGUUCUGAAGGAUCGGAUCCAGGAGCUGGAGACUCAGAUGAACACCAUGAGGGAUGAACUGGAGAACAAGCACCUAGAAGGAGAUGUGGCCAGCCUGAGAGAGAAAUACCAGAGAGACUUUGAAAGUUUUAAGGCCACGUGUGAACGUGGCUUUGCAGCAAUGGAAGAAACACACCACAAGGUAAUACAAGACCUCCAGAGGCAGCAUCAGAGGGAGAUUUCUAAACUUUUGGAAGAACGAGAGAGACUAUUGGCUGAGGAGACUGCUGCCACAAUUGCUGCUAUUGAAGCUAUGAAAAAUGCGCACAAGGAGGAAAUGGAGAAGACCCACCGCUCCCAACUGAGUGGACUGAACUCUGACAUUGAUGAACUUCGCUUACAAUAUGAGGAGGAGCUGCAGUCCAUCCAGAGAGAACUGGAGGUGUUGUCAGAGCAGUACUCUCAGAAAUGUCUGGAGAACGCUCACCUGGCCCAGGCACUGGAGGCCGAGAGGCAGGCCCUCAGGCAGUGUCAGAGAGAGAACCAGGAGCUAAAUGCUCACAACCAGGAAUUAAAUAACCGACUGACUACAGAGAUCAAUCGGAUGCGCUCCUGUUUCAGUGGUGAAACAGCGCUUUCACCGCUUACCCAGGGCAAAGAUGUGUAUGAACUGGAGGUGUUGCUACGAAUUAAGGAGUCAGAGAUCCAGUAUCUUAAACAGGAAAUUCACUCUUUGAAAGAUGAACUGCAGUCUGCUUUAAGGGACAAGAAAUAUGCCACAGACAAAUAUAAGGACAUUUAUACAGAACUCAGCAUUGUGAAAGCAAAGGCUGACUGCGACAUCAGCAAACUGAAGGAGAAACUGCUCAUUGCUACAGAAGCUUUAGGCGAGAGGACUGUCGAUGGAACGGUCACAUCUGGAUACGAUAUCAUGAAAUCAAAAAGUAAUCCAGAUUUCCUGAAAAGGCAAUCCAAGCAAUCAAGAGGCGUAAGAUCAAAGUCUGUCAUUGAACAGGUCUCAUGGGAUAGCUGACACUCCCAUUGCGGGGUGAUUUUCCCCUCAACCCCUACCCCAAGAUGUACUGUAGGUAUAGCAUGAUGUAGACCAAAGCAUGCCCUCACCAUCCUUGCAUGACCCUCCCCACCCCUUCCUUUUUGCCCCAACCUGCACCAGCAAAGCUGACAGUAGUGUCCUCCCCUCAGCUGAAUAUCACAGACGUGAGCAUUAGCAGUUUUUAGAGAUAAUGGUUUGCAAACAUUGUCUUGCUGGUUACAUUUCUCUCCCAUACUGUGUGCUUAAAAGAAUAGUUUGACAUUUUGGGAAAUACACUUAUUCGCAUUUACCGCUCUCACCUCGGUACAGUUAAUAUGAAGCUACAGCUAGCAGCCUAAUAGCUUAGCUUAGCAUAAAGACUGGAAACGGGGAAACAACUGUAGCCAGGCUAGAUAAAAAAACAAAUCUGCCUACCAUCGCCUCUAAAGCUCACUAAUUGACAUCUCAUUUGUUUGAUUGGUACGGUAAGUGUAAAAACGGCAAAUUGUGGUUUUAAUGCGGGUUAAACAAACGAGAUAUAAUGUUAAUUAGUGAGAUUUAGAGGUACUGGUAGGCUGAAUUAGUUUUUAGUUAGUUAAUUAGUUAAAUCAUUUUUUAUCCAACACCUAAUGAUAGUGUUUCAACUUAGUCAUAUUUAAUAUUUAAGGAUGUCACAUGUGUAUUGCCCCCCAAAUUUACAGUAAGCUGAUAGGCAGAACUGUAUGUUGGGUCUCCAAUAGCAGUUUGUGAAUAUCAGUGUUGCUCAUCAGUGGACUAAUGAGCCAUCUCAUCAUCAGAUCAUUAUAUAGAGGAAUAAGAACGCUCUGCAACAUAUCUCUUAUGUUCCAACAUCGUUUUGCUCUGUAAAAACCCUUUCUGUAAUUGUUGUCUUUUUGUGACUGUUUGAAUUUAUUUGUGUAUUUGCGCACCAGUAGGUAAUCUUGUGUGGCAUGUGCAUAUUCCAGCAUAACCACUUUUUCCUGUAGAUCUUCCAUUGAGAUUAAAGUAUGUUGUCCAGAGCAGAAAAAUGUCUGGGAUUGACAGCUGGCUAAAAUAAAACCUAACUGUUUUGUGAUGUCUGUGUGUAUGUUUUUGUUGUCUUUUUUUAUGCUCUGCUCUGCCCACAUGUGCCCUUAUCUGUGAACAAUAAAUUACUUUCUUUUUCUUAUCUUUAACAGAGCCUGAAAGAGGGACUAACUGUGCAGGAGCGUAUGAAGCUGUUUGAGGCAAAAGAUUCCAAAAAGAUUUGAAUAGCUAGAAUCAGAAGUUUCUGUUCUCUUUGCCAACCUUGGUUUUUGGUCAAAUUGCUACAGCCGUGCCAGCAUCAGCUGAAGACUCUUAUAGGAAAUGGAAAAUUAUCUAUCAAGGUCAAUUCUAAACCUGGACCUGCUGCUUCCAUGCCUCUGAUAAAUUGUCAUAUUUUUGUUUGAUUUUUUUUUUUUUAAUUAAUAAAAAAGUCCUAUGUAAGGUUCCUUUAAAAAAAUAAAUAAAUAAAAUAAAUACAUAGAUGUAUAAUUUGUCCAAGUUGGAGAUGUGUCAAAUAAGCUGCGAGGGAUAAAUGACAGCAUUUUUAUUGAUCCUCCAAAAUGCCAAAACAGACAGCAAUAGACAGCCUGAAUAAUAUAUAUUUCCCAAUAUGAAUUAAGUAUCUGCUGUAUUUUAUUAUUGUUACAGUUUCUUUACUUAAUAAUUUUUCAUGUGUUUAAUGUUGCACCAGUUCUGUUGUACAUAACUACUGGAUAUAUGUAAGAGUAUGGUUUGCUAUUGAUUGUUGGGGCAUCUGCUGUACUAUAUGGUUUGAUUGAUAGUGGAAAACAAUGUGAUGCUUAACUUGCUUAUGUAUGAGAGUUUUAUAAAAUUGUGAGUUUUAAAAAGAGUGUCUGUGUGUGAAGGGGGAUAAGAGGGGUGGGAUUGCACUUAUCACUUGACUACUUGAGGAAUCUUUUUUUUUAAUUGUCUCAAAUUGGUGUAGUGACUUCAAGUCAAUUAUUGCGGUGCAACCAAACAUCCUGACUUCUGUCAAAUUCAGUGAACAACCGUGACUUGUUAGUGAUACUGGAUUUUUUUUUUUUUAAACCUGAAUUUGUGUUUGCUCAGUUUUGACUUUGGUGUGAGAAUAUCAUCUCAGAAAAACUAUUUAGGACUUUGCAUGACUAUACAGUAUCAUUUGAAUUGCAGAAUGAUCAUGUUGCCUCAUUUUCCUACUUUAUGCUUUAGUGUGGAACUCUUAACACUAUUAAGCUUUGCUUUGCAAGUCCUACUGUUUAGGUGUUGAGAGAUUGAAAUGUUUUACUGUAAGCGGCAGUCUUGAAGCACUUGGCCCAAUGCCUGACCUCUCACUGAAAUCUAGUUGUGCCUCAACUGAGUGAAGAAUUUAAACAUCCAUGAAACCUGUGCAGCUAUGGAUACACACUGUAUAGUAUUCAAACCACGCCUUGUAUAUAUAUGCCACAUGGAAGACUUCUGUGUUUUGUUUUAAACUUGUACCUUGCUCACUAGCUCUAUAUGAAAUAUAUAUGAAUAUUUUUUAUUUUCAUUUGAAUGUAUAGCUUCAAAUAAAUGAAGUGUUUGGAAA